AUGAAUUGUAAAAAUAACCAUGAUGAGUUCAUUAAUAUUAAUAAUGAAGAACAAGAACGUGUGAAUAAAAAUUUUAAAAAUAUAGCUUAUUAUUUUUUGACAAUGAUGUUAAUCUUGUUGAGUGCUAUAGCAUUUAUGGUGAAUGUGUUCGAUAAUAAUAGUGAACAGCUUAAUAAUCUCGAACAAAUUAAUUUGAAUGAUAUUAAACAACAGGAAACUGAAUACGAUGAUAAGGGUGACAUUCAGGCAGCUAAUAACCAAGGGUUUUAUAAAAGUCAGGACCUAUGUGUCAGCGAAAGUUGUGACAAUGGUGAUGUUAUCAGUGAACUUGGUAGUAAUGAUUUGAUCAAUAAUGAUGAGGGUGUAACUCAACUUGAAAAUGCGCUUGAAAAAAGAGCUAGGUCUUGGAAAACUAGUUUUGUCGAUGGUACGGUAUCGAUGUUUUCGUUUAUUGUUAGUUCAGCCGAUGCCUUUUACGCUACAGCCUGUACACCAACAUUCUUAGGAGCAUUAGGAGUAGCAAACCCUGCUGGAGCUGGUGCAACACUAGCUGCUUGCGGUUGGUCUGGCGCAGUACUUGCCGUCAUGAACUGGGCAUCUUACGUAGUAAGUAGCCACAAUGACAACGGUGGAUGGAACUGGGAUUCUGAUAGUGCAAGAGAUAAGAGAUCUUUAGACAUAUUAAGUGAAACUUUUGGUUAUUUNAGUAGCCACAAUGACAACGGUGGAUGGAACUGGGAUUCUGAUAGUGCAAGAGAUAAGAGAUCUUUAGACAUAUUAAGUGAAACUUUUGGUUAUUUGCCGGACAGUGCUGUUCGCCCACUAGUUAAUAACUUAUACUCUAUAAGGGACGAUGAACAUGAAUAUUUUCAGCUUUUGACUAAAAGAGAUAGUAUCGCUAGUCAGAUAUUAGAUCAUGGACUGUUGUAUGAUACCUCACUGGGUAAGGCAGAAUAUAUAGGGUAUCAAUUUAUUGCAGAUCAUGGCAAUCACAACAAAUCUGUGGUAAUACAAUCAGGGUCUGAAAAUGAUGCGAUUGAAACUUGGCACCGUUGCGGUGAUGAAAAUGAAUGUUUUAGUGAUAAUAUUGAGUGGGUCGAUCAGAAUGAAAAAGGUAGUGGCAAAAACAGUCUGAUGUCUAUGGCAAAACGUACAGGAAAUCUGUAUUGGCAAUCAUACAAUGAUUGGGGUGAAAAUGGAGGCUACGUACAUGAUUGGUGGUAUUGGGAUGAAUUCUCAAAAGCAGCGCAAGAAAAGCUGGGUGAUCAGUCAAUUUUACAGAAAGUUCAACCCUGUACUAAUGACUUUCGGUGUUACGGCGUACACAGCAAAAUUUGUUUAGCAGGUGGUAUGAGUAAUACCAGAACCAAGGAUUCAGCAUGGGUUGGAGAAGUGUAUGCUAAUGGUUAUGGUGGCAUUGAUGGUGAAUGCCAGAAUGGCUAG